AUGCCUGGCUGGAGAUAUGCGUUCUCUUUGCCGAGCGAGGCGGUGAAGGCCGCAACUCCGCCGGGGACUGUCGCUCUCUUCGAACACGGUGUGAUCCAGCAUGACGGGACACUUGUCCAUCGCGUUGCCAAGUACCCGCUGCCGACGCCAGACCCGGCCGACCCGCUGAACUGGGACCGAUGGAGAAAGAUGGCCUGCAUGAUCGCCAUAUGCCUCUACACUUUUGCCUGCAACUUCAUCUCGGCCUCGGUAGCCCCGGCUCUGCCAGUGUGGAAUAUAUCCUUUCCCCACGAAAGGAAGCCAGUCCAUGACUUGAUGGAGUUCGUUGCGUUCAACGUCCUCUUCCUUGGGCUAGCCAACAUCUUCUGGGUCCCACUAGCAAACGUCUUUGGUCGACGGGCCGUCCUCGUUAUCUCGUCCUUGAUUCUCUUCGUUGCUACCGUCUGUGGCACAGCGUUAGUGGGUUUCGACAUAACCUUAGUUGUCAGGAUCUUCCAAGGAAUCGGUAGCUCAGCCUCCGAAACGGUCACCCCAGCCGUUGUUGGAGAUCUCUUUUUCGUCCACGAGCGAGGCAGUUGGAUGGCUGUCUACACCGCCUGUCUUGCUACCGGUUCCGUCACAGGUGGCAUCGCCGGCGGUUACAUUGCUAACAGCCUUGGUUGGUUCGAAGUGUUCUGGGUAGGCGCUGGCUUGACAGGCAUCGCGUGUCUCGGAACCGUAUUUUUGGUGCCCGAAACAAUCUACGAUCGCGGCCAACACUCCCUUCCAAUCGAAAGGACCCUUCCUCGCCCAUCUCGUUACCAGCCUCGGACGCCGGCCCCAUAUCUGAGCCUCGUGACUCUUCCAUCGAUACGCCUAACAUUGCCGUCAAAAUUCAAGUGGACGGGGGAUCCCAACCCGGGCCUCACCUGGUAUCAUGGCUCGUCAUCGGGCGAUCUUGCCUUAGCUCCCUCCGAUACACCGCCUACACGAUCCGGCAAGUACGAAAGCUACUUGGAACCCGCCGAGUUCAGCAGGAUCCAGUACCCUCCUUUGACGUAUGCGCAAUCGUUGAGAUUUAGCCCGUACCGGGGUAAUGUCUGGUAUCAGUUCAAAAAGCCAUGGUUUACUCUGUGCCUCCCCGCUACCUGGGUCGUCAUGCUCCAGUACGGCGGGCUGGUUGGUGGCGUAACCGUCAUCUCGUCCGUUGGGCCCCAUAUUCUCAGCCAUCCCCCGUACGAAUGGGGAGAACACACCGGGCUGCUCUUCUUAGGCUCCUUGGCGGGUAUCGUUUGCGGAGCUAUCUGCACCGGAACGUUGGUCGAUCGGCGCCUGAAGAAGCUAGCAAGAAGCCAGGACCAUGGAUAUGCAGAACCUGAGGCCAGGAUCUGCAUCUUACUGCCUUCCCUGGCUGUUGGCACCGGCGGGCUCCUCCUUUUCGGCUUGUGUGCAUAUUUCCCUGGAAAGAACCAAUGGAUUGGGAUGGAGUUUGGGAAUGGCAUGGUUGCUUUUGCGCUGACUCAAGUGCCGUCAAUCUGGUUCAGCUAUCUCAUUGAUUCAUACAAUCAGUUGGCCAGCGACUGCUUCGUCAUGAUUUGCAUCCUCCGUGGCCUCAUCCCUUUCUCAUGGACAUUCUUUGUGAUUCAGUGGGUUGAGAGAGAGGGCUAUCUGGUACCAUUUGUCGGCUUCACCAUCCUCAUGACCAUUUUUUCGUUGCUCACUUUGCCGCUUAUGUGGUUUGGGAAGCGGAUGAGAAUCGCAACUGCUCGCUACGUCGUCGGUAACCAGUAG